AUGAAGGAAGCGAUUGUUAAGAAUGACCUUACAGUCGACAUUGUCGAUUCUCCUAUCCCCAAACCGGGGCCUGGCCAUGUGUUGAUCAAAGUCGUCGUCGCGGGUUCCAACCCGAAAGACUGGAAGCUCCCCGCCAUGCGCGGUACUGAAAUAAACAGUGGUGACGACAUCGCCGGUACCGUCGAAGCCGUGGGAGAAGAUGUCGUUGGGUUUCACAAAGGGGACCGCGUGGCCGCCUUUCACGAAAUGAUGACCCCUAACGGGGCCUUCGCCGAGUACGCUAUUGCACCUUACUACACUACCUUCCACAUUCCGGACUUGAUCUCCUAUGAGGAGGCUGCCACGAUUCCCUUAGCUGCCUACACAUCCGCUUGCGCGCUCUUCCAGCAGCUUGAGCUCCCUGAGCCCUGGUCGCCACUCUCCAAGGCCGCGGGCAAGGACGAUACUAAGCGUCCGCUGAUAUCUAUGGAGCAAGUACUGCUACGGGAGCCUUUGCUAUCAAGCUUGCUGCUGCGGCCAAUAUUCACCCUAUCAUCACGCAAGGGGGACGUCCUCAUCGACUAUACCGCUCAUCCGACAGAGAAGGAACUGAUCAAGGCGAUUCAGGAGGCUAUUGAGAAGGGAGGUGCCCCCGACGGUCGCUGCUGGAAGGCCUAUGAUACCGUUUCCGAAGACAAGACCAUCAGGCUCGUUACUAAGGCCAUUGCCGGCCCGGCGGACCCUGCGGGCCGGAAGCCAAGGGUGACUAAUAUUUUCCUCAAAACCGAGGUCGAGGGCUCUGACCCGAGUGUUGAUAUCGUCUACUCUAUGGUUGGUCAAGUUCAUAAUGAGGACGAGAACGACAAGCUUAUUGGCGUGACAUGGGGCGCAGCGUUUGGCCGGGGUCUACGCGAGGGUUGGCUCACGUACCAUCCCUACACGCUAGGCAAGAGCGGUCUUGAGAGCUUGUCUGAAGGCCUAAAGAAUCUUAGGGAUGGCAAAAUUCGCGCCCAGAAGUUUCUGACACGCCUUAGCGCGACACCAGGCGCGAGAGAUUGA